AUGACCACCAACAGAGCUGCAUGGCAGGAGAAGCCCGGAGUCAAACUCGACAUCCGGGCUGCGCCAUACACUGCACCCCAGGAAAACGAGCUCGUCGUCAAAGUCCACGCAUGGGCCAUCAACCCCAUCGACAAAAUAACCCAGGAAGUCGACCUCAGCUUCGUCAAAUACCCCCUGGUCACAGGCAUGGACCUCGCAGGCGAGGUAGUCGAAGUCGGCAGCAACGUUGAAUCCCGCUUCAGCAAAGGCGAUCGCGUCCUCGCAAUGACCGACGGAGCCCUUAGCGGCACUCCCUCUCAGAGCGCCUUCCAGGAAUACGUCGUCGCUCACUCGGUCCUCGCAUCGCCCAUCCCGGACGCUAUAUCCUACCCCGAAGCGGUGGUUUUCCCGCUCACUCUCGCGACAGCUGCUGUGGGUCUCUUUCAGAAGGACUUCCUCGGUCUCCAGCUCCCCUCUACACCCCCUCGCCCGGCUACCGGAAAGACAGUUCUCAUCUGGGGCGGUGCUUCAGCCGUCGGAUGCAAUGCGAUCCAACUCUGCACCGCGGCAGGAUACAACGUCAUCACGACCGCCUCCCCAGCUAACUUCGACUACCUGAAGAGUCUCGGCGCGAGCGCCGUCUUCGACUACAAAAGCCCAACCGUCGUCGAAGAUGUCGUGGCAGCGAUCAAUGAAACCGACCUUGCGGGCAUCCUGCACGCAGCUGGAUCGGUGGCUAUCUGUCUCGAGGUCUCUGGCAAGGCGAACGGAUCUGCGUUCGUGGCUGCGUCUUUGCCGAUUCCCGAGGAUGGUCCGGCUGGUGUCAAGGGGAAGAUGAUCUUUGCGAAUACAAUCAAGGCGAAUGAGGUUGGGCCGGCUGUUUUUAGGGACUUUUUGCCGGAGGCUUUGAGGAAUGGGUCGUACCGGGUUGCUCCUGAGCCGUUGGUUGUUGGGACGGGGUUGGAGAGUAUUCAGGAGGGACUCGAGGUGUGGAGAAAGGGUGUUUCGGCGAGGAAGAUUGUCAUUACUCGGUAG